AUGUCCCCCAUUCAGUUACUACUUCUAGCGGUAAUGUUUUAUGCAACAGAUACCGUGGACAUGGAUGCGGUGAUAGAUUUCUUAAAAAUGAAAUAUUCAAAGAGCGUUGUGUUCUUUAUAUGCGAUUCCAACCAAUUGCCUAAAAUAUAUACGAAGAUAAAUGAAGAAAAUAUAUCUGUUAGAGUGGUGCAAAUCAAUAAAGAAUCCGUGAUAUUUCCACCUAACAUAUUGCCUUAUUCGAGUUAUAGCAGAACAACAUGCGUUUUCGAUUACAGCUGUGAUGAGUCCUUACCAAUAUUGCAGAAUUUUUCAGAUCUACACUACUUUAACAUAACUUACAACUGGCUAUUCCUGGCUGAGAACGACACAACAGUGGAUGCUAAUAACGUUCUCUGGAAGUUAAAAUCUAUUCAAAUGAACACUGAUCUCACUAUAUUGGAGAAUGUUUCAAACUCCAGCGAGAAGAGCUAUGAUUUGAUCGAUGUCUACGCGAAGGGUCGACACUUGUGCAAGGAUAUUUAUCAGCACAAGUAUGGGAUAUGGAAUAGUGACAAAGGAAUAACAAUGGUCCCUGGUUAUAACAGGUACUACCUAAGAUACAAUUUCGAUGGACUCCAAUUACGUGGAGUGACAGUGAUUGACAGAGACAAUGUCACUUCGAAAGACGUUGAUAGUAUACUAGAGACUCCAGGUAGUACACAAGGGGUAGUGGUGUUUGUGAAGUAUCAUUAUGCAUUGUUGUGUAUACUACGUGAUUAUCACAAUUUCAGGAUCAAAUUUCGUAUAGCUAGAGGUUGGGCCGGACGACUCAAGUCUGGCUAUCGACUAGGCUUACUGGGAAUUUUGGCACGAAACGAAGUAGAUGUAGCAGCAACUGGAAUUUUCCAACGAACAAACCGUCAUGCCGAAUUCGAUAUUAUUCACCUAAGUUGGGAAUUCUCGGCAGGCUUCAUCUACCGCAUGACACCCCAACUAAGUGAUGCAUCCGGUGGGGGUAACUUUUUCACUCCCUUCGAUGAAAAUGUUUGGAUCGCAUCGGCCGUUACGAUGAUAGUUUUGCUUAUUGUUUUGAAGCUUAGCAGUUUAAUAUUUUCAAGAAUAUUUCGGGAAGACCCACACAUUUCGCUUGUAACUUACUUCUUGGAAGCCGUAGCCAGUAUUGCUCAGCAGGGUCUAUCUGGUACAGUUUCUCCUAGAAUGCCGAUCAGAAUCAUUUUAUUCUCGUUGCUUGUUUUAAAUCUGGUCCUAUACAAUUACUAUACCUCUUCGGUGGUUGGAGGACUACUUAGUUCUCCCGGCAAAGGCCCCCAAACCAUAAAGGAAAUUAUUGAAAGUCCACUGACGCUAUCGUUUCGAGAUAUUGGCUACCACAAAAUCUUGUUUCGCGAAACUAAAAAACCCAUAAUCCAAGAGUUGUACCAGAAGAAGUUGCGACCAUCGCGCGAAGGCCUCAACACCAUUCCGGUGUACACAGAUGUGUCAACGGCAGUACCAUACCUGAAGAAAGGAGGAUAUGCGUUUCAUUGUGAGAUGACCGAGGCGUUCGAGGCUAUUGCGGAUCAGUUUGAUGCUGUGGAAAUUUGCGAACUGCGAACGGCUGCUGGAUUGUUUGCUGAUCUUAAAUUGAUGAGUUUUGUGCUUCCCAAACGAAGUAUGUACACGGAAUUGUUUAAAAUAACAAUGAUGAGAACACAGGAAAUCGGUUUGGUGAAAAGAAAUCUCAAAAUCUACAAAAUCGAGAAGCCUAUCUGUCAAUCUGGAAGUCGAGUUAAUCCAGUGGAACUACCUGGUGUUUCAUUAGCAUUUGCAGUUUUAGUUGGUGGGAUAGUUUUGGCCCUCAUUUUGCUAUUGAUGGAAAGGUUCUCAUGGAAACAGAAAUCUUUGAACGGAUUACAUGAAUUUCUACAUUAAUUGAAGGAUGCUUUCCCUUCGUAGCCUGAAGCUUUCAUCGCGGUGUAAUUUACUUUGCUAGCCAAAUCUGUAUGCUUGAAAAGCUAAACUGGAAUACCGCAGACUUAGCGCUUGCAACAAGCCAGGAAGCGUAUACACACAAUGCGAUCAUCGAACGAAACCGAAUAAUUAAGUUAU